AUGUCAAAGUGGAGCAACUGUUCUAGUUCAAAGACACAUGGAGCUGUUGAUGUCACGGAUGCCGGGGCAUUUUUGCUCAAUUACCGGCUUGCCGUAGCAUAUCUGCAAUCUCAACGCGAUCCUGACUAUCUGUCGAAAUCCGGCAAGAAAAAGUUUCCACCGUUCGAAAGUCUUGAAGAGUGGGAAAAGUAUCCAGGAGCAAAGCUCGAGGCGACGUUGAGAUUGUGCAGGCACUAUUUGUCUGAUGACAAUGUGUCUCCACCAUAUAUCGAAGACGGUCACCUCGUUUUCCCUGAUCCUCCUGCAAUGGUGACCGGCGAUAAGAAGAAGAGGAUUCAGCAGAUAAAGAUCCUUAUCUUUCAUGAGUUCCCUAUGAUGGAUGAACUCAUCAUGUCGGCCUUCAUUAUGAAUGGCAUUAAAAUCUUGUCGCUGAAUGGCUCCAUGAGGCUCACGGCACGUCAACAGGUGGUUGAGAAAUUCCUUCAUCCCGAUUCAGAUGUUCGUGUGCUUCUCCUCAGCCAGGUAGGUAGCUCUGGGCUUAACCUGAUGAGAGCUUCUGUCGUCAUCCUCUUUGAUAUUGGUUGGACUGCCAUUCAAGAAGAACAGAUGAUUGGUCGUGCCCAUUGUCAUGGGCAAAAGGAAACCGUUUAUGUCUUUCGCCUUAUCGCGACAGACACUAUUGACGUCUUGAUGGCUCAACACUCUGGUUCAAAAGCCCAGCAGCUUCAGCAUUUCUUCAAGAAGCCUGAUUUUAAUGUCCGUCGAAACAGGAAGGCAUUCCAGCUGCUGUACAAUUGUGAUGUACCAGCAGAUGCUCCUGCUGCAGCUGAUGGAGAAAGCGAUAACGAUGAUGACCAGAGCACCCAGGAAAGUGCCGUUGAACAGCCUCCUGCAAAAAAACGCAAGACAAAUAGCAAGAAAACGGUGAAAACAAAGGAAGUAGAUGUCAUCGAUGAAUCCCGCCGUCGUCGUAAAGUGCCAAAGAAGGUACCAGAGGAUGGAAACAGGGAGGGAGCUCCUGCCACCAAGGUACAGAUGACGAUGCAGAGAGGAUCCAUAGAUGAGGCUGGACCGUCGAAGGCUGGACCGUCGAAUACCCAGUCAAAGCCCAAGCCCAAGCCCAAGCCCAAGCCCAAGCCUAUCACAAAGCCAGCACCAAGCGCACCACAGAAUCCCAUCGAGGAGGGUAAUGCACAACCCGCUCAAUGUGAAUCUCAGCCCUCGGCCCCCUCCGCUCCAUCAUCCCCUCUUCCUCAUCCUGUCAUCCCUUCCUCCACCCCUGCAGUUAUACCACCACCAGGGCGUGGAAUGACUGCCAUCACUGCCCUCUCCAGCGAUAUUAUCUCGACACCAGAUGCUAAUGAACCAAUUAGCAAUGAUGAGAUAGAAAGCUAUGGGGGCACUGCUAGCGGCGGUGCUUCACAACCUCUUGACGAUCUCCUUGACUUUGAUGACCUAACUCCUCUGUCUUCCAAUGCCCCCUCAUCUCCAUCGACACCAACCCCUUUGCCUGGCAGGAAGAAGUCCAUUUCAACUGCACCAACAGGUAAGUUGAAUACUCAGUCAGGAAUUCCAGAGUCAUCACAGAGAAGAGGAACGAGAGGAAUGUCAAGGACACGAUCUCAAGCAGCCAGGUCAAAGGAUACUGCUAAUGCAGCUCCACAGACUCCACAGGCGAACUUUGUGAUUGAACGGAAUGGAUCCUUCAGGCCAAAUAUGCAAGAACCGGCAUGGAGGCGUUGA